GGAUUGACGGCUCGGCGAUUGAAGAUGCGGCUCUAUUAUAGAUAGCACCUUGAUAACAUUGUUCAGACUGAACUGUAAUUAAGCAAUUCACGACAAUCAGGUACACUUCUGCACCUCAAGGCCCAACAUUAUUAUCCGGUCCACUCAAUACGAAACAUUGGAAUUCCAUCACAAUGGCUGCAGUAUCUACACGAUUCGCUCCUCUGCCACUUACACCGUGUCAAUCAUCUCACCAAGCUUUUACUUCUUACACAGACUUCGAAGAGCCCGAAAAUUACUCGCUCGACGACUUUGUCCGGGACGUAAAAGCCCAUCUCGGUGAGGAGGGUGGCAUUGGCUGCGAGGAUAUAGAUGAGGACUACCUCAUUUCCUUAGCCAAGAAAUACACAUCAAACCCUAACGACUGGGCACGCUAUUAUCACAACUGCCCAGAAAAGAACUACACACGCAAUGCAAUUGUCAACAUCAAUCACAAGGCCAAUAUCCUCUUAUUAGUCUGGAACCCCGGAAAAGGAUCACCAAUUCAUGACCACGCCAAUGCCCACUGUAUCCUCAAAGUGCUGGCAGGCGAGUUGACAGAAACCAUCUACAACAUGCCCGAGAAGGGUUGUGAGGAGCGUCCUCUAUCAAUCAAGAGCGCCAAUACCCACCAAGCCGAUCAAGUCACAUAUAUCUCAGAUGACAUUGGUCUUCACCGGGUACAUAACCCUCAUCCUACCCAAGUGGCUGUCUCUUUGCACAUAUACACGCCGCCAAAUGCAGCUGAUAUCGGAUAUAAUGUCUUCGAUGAGUCCACGGGUCGUGCAAGCUUUAUGGCAAAAGCCGAAGCUCGUUAAGAAAAUAUCUGCAAAGUUGGAGAUAGUCCUUACAUACAUUGAUACCCUACCAUAAAAGAUUUAGAGAAUAUAUAUUGAUUCAAUUUCACG